AUGGCCGAGUUGCCCCCCACGCCGAGCGCUGUCAAUGCUGCGCCGGGCGAAGAGACGUCGCAGUCGCAGGAGAUUAUGCACCUGCAGUGCCGUUUCUACGAGCAAAAGUUCCCCGAGAUCGACGAGCUCGUGAUGGUGAACGUGCGGUCGAUCGCCGAGAUGGGCGCGUACGUGUCGCUGCUCGAGUACAACAACAUUGAGGGUAUGAUCCUGCUGUCGGAGCUCUCGCGGCGCCGCAUCCGGUCGAUCAAUAAGCUCAUCCGCGUCGGCAAGAACGAGGUCGUGAUGGUGCUCCGCGUGGACAAGGAGAAGGGGUACAUUGACCUGUCCAAGCGCCGCGUGUCGCCCGAAGACAUUGCCAAGUGCGAAGAGCGCUACAACAAGGCCAAGACCGUGCACGGCGUGCUGCGGCAAGUGGCGCAGGAGAACCACUUGGGCAUUGAAGCGCUCUACGCCCAAGUCGCGUGGCCGCUCUACAAGAAGUUUAAGAUUGAGACCGUGAACGACGACGAGAAGAAGAUCGAGUACGUGCACUGCUUUGACGUGUUCAAGAUGGGCAUUACCGACGACGCGGUGUUUGAAGCGCUGGACAUUGCGCCCGAGAUCUUGACGGCGCUGAAGGCGCAGAUCCGUCGUCGACUGACGCCGCAGCCGAUCAAAGUGCGUGCGGACAUUGAGGUCACGUGCUUUACGUACGAAGGCAUUGAGGCCGUCCGGUCGGCUCUUCAAGCAGGUCAAGACGUCGGCACGGAAGACGUGCCGGUCAAAGUCAAGUUGAUCGCGCCGCCAAUGUACGUCAUGACGACGAGCACGCUGGACAAGCAGAAGGGCAUCCAGAAGCUCCAGGAAGCCAUUGAGAGCGUGCGGGAGCACAUUACAGCCAAGAAGGGCACCAUGUCGGUCAAGAUGGAGCCCAAGGUGGUGAGUGUGAACGAGGAGAAGGAGUUCCUGCAGAUGAUUGAGAAGCUCGAGAACGAGAACCGCCUCGUUGACGGCGACGCGCCGGAAGAUUAG